CACUUAAAAGUAGAAAGUUCGGUGGGAUUUUCUCUGGAAACAAACGGACGGGGAAGAAAUUUUGCCGAGCUUUUGGCUCCAAAAACCUGAGAUCAUUUGCUGAAGAAAGCAAAGACUAGAGAGUGACAAUGGGAGCAUCAUCUUCAACAGAGAAGAAGAGUGCGAGCGAACAACGAGAGGUGGAAAGUCUGGCUGCUUCCACAGGUUUUUUGCCGAUGCUUCAAAAUUCUUUCGCCAAGCUGGUCGAUCCUCAAACAAAUGCCAUCCCUCUCCAAUCCCUUCCGCAAGUCUUCUGUUUAAAUUUUAAAAACCUAGAUUGUGAAGCACCCAACUUUCCUGAUUCCUUUCUGGGAUUAUUGGAUCAUUUGGGGGAAUCCAUAGUGGAAUUAUUUUUCAUCUCUGAGAAAGGAGGAGUCAGUUGGAUAGAGUUUUUGAGCGGUUAUUUGCGAUGUUGUGGGAGGAUGCCUUCCUCAGUGGCGCUCAAUACUUUGCUGAGAGUAUUUGCGACAGCCUUUACAAAAGCCGGUCUUCCUUUGACACUGGAGUUCGAAUCCAGCGUUGAUGAUUGUAAGAUAAGUGGGUCUUUUCUAGCCACUGACGUUCGUAUGCUUCUCUGGAUGUGUUGGACUAUGUUGUGGGAUUCCAGAACUUCAAGAUGUAAAAAAGGCAAAGAAAAUCUCUGUCUUCCAGAUGUUAGUCACCUAAUACUAUCAGCAGUUUCUUCAUGUACUCAAGUAGACAGUGGUUUGAAUUUGUGGGAUUGUGACAUCUCAGCCUUGGAAGUUGAGCUUCCUGUUGGGAAGUUUCUUACCUGGGCAUUGACAACAGUACCAAGCCUUACAGAUUGCUUCACACAAUUUGUUAUUGCGAGACUUCAAAGUUCAGUUUCUUCAGAGCAGGAUAACUCAGAACCUUCAUCUUCAUUAUUAGAAAUCCCUCCAAGAGAUGUAUGCGAUAUUCACCUACUGACUCAUGGAAGAGCGUGGGCAAUUUCUCUUACACUCAGUGGUACAAUAAGUGCAGAGAUUUUGAAACCGUACUUACCUAGUGACAGUGAUGGGACAUUGGAAAAUCUUCUAUACCGAUCUUCUCUUCAUGGGAGAGGCUUGAACAGAUUUUGGUCUAACAUUGAGGGUUAUCAUGGGCCAUUGCUAUUUUUAGUUUCUGCUACUUCUGGAGAUCUCCAUGGGGAUGCUACCAGUAACAGAAAAUGGAUCAUAGGUGCACUUACACAGCAGGGUUUUGAAAAUAGGGAUACGUUCUACGGAAGCUCUGGAAGUCUAUAUGCUAUAAGUCCAACCUUCCAUGUUUUUCCACCUUCUGGGAAAGAUAAGAACUUUGUUUACAGCCGCUUGCAUCCUACUGGCCGAGCCUAUGAGCCACAUCCCAAGCCUGUGGGAAUUGCGUUUGGAGGAACCAUCGGGAAUGAAAGAAUACACAUAGAUGAAGAUUUUGCUAGAGUUACUGUUCGCCAUCAUGCAGCUGACAGAACUUACCAACCUGGUUCCCUUUUCCCAUCUCAGGGUUUUCUCGCUGUUGAAGCUUUGAUCUCUGAAGUUGAAGUCUGGGGAUUGGGUGGGAGGACAGCAAAGAAAGUCCAAGCAUCACAUAAGAAAAGAGAGGAACUUUUCAUUGAGCAAAGACGCAAGGUUGACUUGAAAACAUUUGCAAGCUGGGAGGAUUCUCCUGAGAAGAUGAUGAUGGAUAUGAUGUCCGACCCCAAUGCAGUACGCAGGGAAGAUCGCUAAAUUAAAUUGUGCAAGAUAUAUUCCUCAGAACUCUUUUUCCAAUUUGGUAGGUUUCGAGUGUAAAAGUCAUGUAUAAGAGUAGCAAGCGACAUGUAUAAGAGUGAGGUAGAUUAGGUGGAUAGCCCUGUGAUUAUUAAUGAUGUGGCUGGACGAAAGUUCCAGUGAAGAGCUGAUACAUGGUCGAGUUGAUACGACGCGUCGUAUGAAGGUGUGGUGUGGAUAUUUCACUACCGAGCUAUUAAUAGUAAUACUUUUCCUUUGUAAUGUUGGAGAUAAUCUGGAAUCUUUCUUGAAUUUGUUAAUGGACUUGUCUUCUUCCCUUUGUUUUA